AUGGGAAUUGGCACCGGUGCUGUUAUCAAUUCUUGUGCAAUUAUCAAAGCAUUAGUCGAGGAUCCAAACAUGCAUGUGACCAAAUUUGGUGAAAAUCGAGUCACGAAGGCCAAGUCGCCAAGAUCUUCGCUAUUUUCCAAACAUGCAUGUGACCAAAUUAAAGGAGAAUAUGUGGUGGCGGCUACGAACGAUUCUUGUGAAGGAAACGGCGAUUAUGAUUCCAACAAACCUGUCCCGUUAUACAAGAUUGAGAUUUCAUUUGAUCAUUCGACAUUAGGGAAUCAUAUCACAAUGAUUUUAUCGGCACAUAAGAUUUUCUUUUGGCCAAUUGGUAGUGUUUCGGGCUACGAACUUCCAAUCUUCAUUACAACGGAUGACUUCACAAAUGCAAAUAUCUUGGAAGCAACUUAUACUGCUAUUGCCGGGAUAGUACAUGCCAACUGGAUUGAUGAUCCUACAAUUCCUAUUGCAACCGGCUUCCUUGGGAAGGUGGAAUUCCAAUGGGUGUGGAAGGAUGGUGAUGGUGUCUUGACUCGUGAUCCUACUAUUUAUCCACAUACGGAGCUUGUGCCUUACUUGACAUUUAAAGACGCUCGUCGAGCUUGCUUACUUUGGAUGUUUACUUCUUUAGCAUGGCUAUGUGGCGAAACCGGGAUGCUGAGUUCCUUUGGACUUCUUGUUUGA